UGAAAUGUCAAAAGUGGUCAAAUUUUUGAGUGUAAUCUACUUUUUCCGAGUUGCGUGAUAAAAUUUGGCUUUUUCUUUCAACUAGCAGUGUAAAAAAAGUAUUUUUCUGUCGAAAAAGUCAAAUUGCGUAGUUAAAUGGCGCAUUCAUAGAACGCUGUGUAUAUUUACCAAGUAUUUUCGUAUAAGCUGCUUAAAAUUGCCCUUAAUGCUGGAUUGAGUGCUCCAACACUCAUACCAACGCAUAAGUGCGUUUUAUGAUAGCAGCAACGGCUGCAGGCUGAUUCAUUUUUAAGGACCCCACUGGUUAGUGUUAAGAAAAAAAUUGCAAUUGAAUAGUUGAAGCAAGUCUAUUCCUAUCACGGUUACAUCAAUAUCCCAGUACCAUGUAUCAGACCGCUUGCAAUGUCGCUACGACUGGCUCAUGUGUGCCUGGUACGGAAAAUGAUUGCGAUGCUGAACGUCAAGCUGCACUUAUGGCACAGCAGCCCCCCACCGCACCGGUGGAACCAGAUUACAGCGGAUUCGAUAUAGUCAAAGCGACACAGUACGGCGCUAUUGCACGUGUACGUGAGCUUAUUGAAUCUGGUUGGGAUGUUAAUCAACCCGAUAGUGAGACUGUAACUUUGCUACAUUGGGCAGCCAUUAAUAAUAGGCGUGAUAUAAUACGUUAUUUCCUGGAGAAAGGCGCGAUUGUAGAUGCUGUAGGUGGUGAAUUGAAUGCGACACCCUUACAUUGGGCAACAAGGCAAGGGCAUCUCGGUUCCGUUGUGCUGCUGAUGAAUGCUGGUGCUGAUCCACGCAUACGUGAUGCCGAGGGCUGUUCUUGCAUACACAUUGCAGCACAGUUUGCGCACACAGCUCUGGUUGCGUAUUUCAUAGCAAAAGGUGUUGAUCCAGAUUUGCAAGAUCGUGGCGGAAUGACUGCGCUCAUGUGGGCCGCUUGGAAGGUCUGUGCACUGGAUCCCGUACGUUUAUUGCUCACGCUUGGCGCAAAUCCAGCUAUGGUCGAUUACACGCACGGCAACACUGCGUUACAUUGGGCCAUACUGGCACGCAACGCUACUGCGAUUUCUACAUUGGUUCUAAAAUCACGCGCCUCCCUCGACGUUCCUAAUUUGCGUGGCGAAACGCCGUUAACAAUGCUAGAAUCGCAGGCAGGCGCAAUAUGGAUUGGUUCCAAAGUAUUAGAUCGCGUACGUGAGGCUUCACAAAAAACCCAAACACAACGGUCAUUAAUAUCACGCCUACGUCAUGAUAAACGUCUACGUUGGUGGGCAAUGGUUGCUUGUCCAUUCACGGCGUUUUAUUUAGCUGGCGUCGUAUUUACACUAAAUACACUGUAUAUAAUUAAAUUCUUCCUUCUUGGAUGCUUGUAUGGCAUCUUCCAUACGCUUGGUAAGGCAUUAUUCGAUGAGCAUUUACUGGCAUUAUUACCGUUAAGUGUGUAUCUGGCGACGAAAGCGUGGUUCUAUGUCACGUGGAUUGUAUAUAUUGUGGAUGCGGUUUCGUUUGCGGAAACCUUAAUGUUUUUAGCUUGCUCCGCAGCGCUUUGGGUAUGUUUUAUGAAGUCAUGGAAAGGCGAUCCAGGUAUUAUACGGCCGACGCAGGAGCAACGUUUCAAAACGAUUGUCGAAUUGUCAGAACGCGGUGGUAUUGGGUUUGAACCCUCUUCUUUCUGCUCCGGCUGUCUGGUACGGCGUCCGAUACGUUCAAAGCAUUGCAGCGUUUGCGAUCGUUGCGUUGCGCGUUUCGACCAUCACUGCCCCUGGGUGGGCAAUUGUAUUGGUCUCAAGAACCACGCUUACUUUAUGGGUUUCCUCUGGAUGUUACUCAUCAUGUGCGGUUGGAUGUUAUAUGGUGGCGCCUGUUAUUAUAUCUAUCAAUGUAAUGUAUACUUUACGCUCGUGCCGCUGGCGGAUUUCCAAAAAGCAAUUAUGGACAUAGCCAAUUGUAAUGCCUGGGUCGGUUGGGUGAUGGCGAAUGCAUUGCUACAUCUUUCCUGGGUUGUGUUGCUAACAAUUUGCCAGACAUAUCAAGUCGUCUGCUUGGGUAUGACUACUAAUGAGCGCAUGAAUCGUGGACGAUACCGGCAUUUUCAGGCGAAAGGCGGUCAUAGUCCUUUCACACGUGGACCAUUCAACAACUUGGUCGAUUUUUUGGAGUGCAAAUGUUUUGGCUUAGUUCAACCGCGUCAUGUCGAUUGGAUGAAUUACUACGAUAUGGAUAUGCAGGUGGGCCGUGCAACGGUGGAACAAGAACCGCUAUUGCGUGGCAAUGCCGAUGGCGAAGGUGGUGGCACUGAGUUGGCGCACUAUCAGUACGUGUAGGAUAAGUCGAAUCGGGAUGCGGAGACGCGCAAUGCACCCAUAGCAAAUGUUUAAGCAAAUACGCAGGCAUGUCACGAUCGUAAAGGUAAAGAAACAAUGGCAUUUUUUCAAGUGCUUUAAUUAACAGGAUGUGUAGAGGUGGUUUAGAAGUGAAAUGGUUUGUGUUAACAAUGCUCCGUUGUUGUAGUAGUGCUUGCGAAAACUGGGCGUCUUGCAAAUUUUCUUUAAAUAUAUUUAUAAAUUUAUUGAAUUAAUUUUGCGUUAUUUUUUAUACAAUUUUACAAGUUCUUAUUUAUAUAAAAAUUUGUCAACUGUCACUGCUACAACAACAUUGUAUGUAAUGUGAAUAGUCAAGCCAUAGGGGACAUUUGCUAAGCGUAUUAAACUUUUAUUGUAUUAUAUAUAAACCUAAUUAUUAUAGUUUAUAAUAUUUAUUAUGCUUGGGUGGAAGAUGCGUAAACAAAGCAUAAGUAAGUUUUAUUUCGUUGAUGCGCCUAUUCAAUUAUAUACUUAAUACAAAUGUAAUUAUUAAUACUAA